UGUUGCUUAGUUGUCCGUCUGCAACUAUGCUGAGAUCCAAAUCUGAAUCAAUAAUUUCAUCGUUUCAAGAAUUGGAAAUACCAAAUAAUUAUUUUCUUUUAUAUAUAUCUGAAAGGAAAUUUCUGAAAGAUCCCGUAAAUUAUUUCCCAAUAUUUAAUUUUUCUAAAUCACAUAUUAACGUAUAGACAAGUAUGAACUGGCCAUUAAUCAUCAACUUCCCUUUGUUCCCUAAUCGGUUGCAAGACAGUGACUCCAUUGUCCGGGCUUCGAUCUUCGAAAACAAUUCAUGAGCCAUAAUUCAUCAGUGAAUGGGAUCACGCUCGUAGUCACUUGGUGUUCGCAACAGAUAUGGAUCAAGUGCAGUGUCAUAUUUGGUAAAGAACAUCCAGGUCAUGUUGGAGGAUUAUCAUUAAGAGCUUGUCCUACCCUUAUUUUUAAGCAUACUACCAUGAGGCUAAAUAGUGUCAACUUUAGUUCAACUAGUGCAAGUACACAAAAUAUGGAAGAAAAGUUUGCAUAUAUGAGAAAUGAACUUGCAAUUGUUAGAUCUCAUAUGCAAACACUUCUUUCUUAUAUUACUAGAAGACGUACCAUACCUGAAGAUUUGGCUGCUAUGGCUACUAGCUUAGUUCAUACUUUUGUUAAUCAGGCAUCAAAUGUUGGAAGUGGUGCUCCAUCCCUAGUUAACAUUAGAGGAUCAUUAUAUGUAAUUAAUCUAAAGCUUUUGAAGUACUUUGGUUCUCUUUGA